AUGAGUGGGUUUCUCCUCACGGGGUUUUCUGUCAAGCCCGAGCUAGAGAUUUUGUACGCUUUGUUGUUCCUCGUCUUUUACUUGCUGGCUUUAAUUGGAAACGUACUCAUCAUCACCACCACGUCCCUGGGUGACAGUCUCCAGUCCCCCAUGUAUUUCUUCCUGAAGCAUCUCUCCUUUCUGGAUCUCUGCUACAUUUCUGUGACUGUGCCGAGAUUCAUUUACAACUCUUUCACGCACAGUGGGAAUAUUUCCCUCUGGGAAUGCAUCCUGCAGUGCUUUGUGUUCACCCUCUGUGGCUGUGCCGAGAUGUCCAUGCUCACGGUGAUGUCCUAUGACCACUACGUGGCCAUCUGCCUGCCCCUGCACUAUGACGUCAUCAUGGACUUCAGAACCUGUGUCCAGGGGGUCGCCGGUGUCUGGGUGAGUGGGGCCAUCUCUGGAGUCAUGCAUACGGCAGCUACUUUCUCCAUCCACUUCUGUGGUCCCCAUGUCAUUCACCAGUUCUUCUGUGACAUCCCUGAGCUCCUGAGACUCUCCUGCUCCAACGAGUAUCUAGGUGAGAUUGGUGUCACUGCCUUUGUGGCUUUCCUGUCACUCCUUUGUUUCCUGUUUAUUGGGUUCUCCUACGUGCACAUAUUCUCUUCUGUGCUGAGGAUGCCAUCUGCGGAGGGCAGAGCCAAGGCCUUUUCCACCUGCCUCCCCCACCUCGUGGUCGUCAUUUUGUUCGUUUCUACUGGUACCUUUGAGUUUUUGAAGCCCCAUUCUGACACUCCAAGUGUUCUGGACAUUUUACUCACUAUUUUUUAUACAGUGGUACCCCCCACUGUCAAUCCAAUGGUGUAUAGCCUCAGAAAUAAGGCAAUACAGACAGCUCUACGGAAGGUUUUUAAAAGCAAAAUGUCUCUCAUUUGA